AAUUGGAAUGAAGAAGUGCGCGAGUUAAAUAUAAUAAAUACAGUCAAGCUUUCCCGAUGGGGAUGUAUGAAUAAGGGCGGUGCUGAAGCCAAGCUUGUAAAUAGGAAGGGCCCGAAGGGCAACUACUAAGCAAGAAACACAGUGAAAAAUCAAAACGGCGUCGCAGGAACUUCCCGUAGGACUGAAAUUUGUCGCCCUCUCCUUCUCUGGUCAACAUCGUCCUCAAUGUACAGCAACGGCAUCUCAAUUUCGGUCUCAGAUGAUGAGCCCGACGAUCUCGCCGGAAAGAUUAAUGUCCGAGCCAGAAGAAAACGAAAGAAACUGGGUUUUCGAGGCAAGAAUGAGUUGGUUCAUCGAUUUCUGAGGCAGCUCGUGAAAUGGUGGCCCGUAUUGCUCUUCCUUCCUGCCGCGGGAUUGCUUCUAUUCGAGGCCUCCAGAAUCGGUCGAAAAACCAAGCCACUCAUCUCGGAACUUGUGAGUCCAAUGAAACCCGACCCAAUUCUGGAAAAGACGGAAGGAAAUUUGAACCGUCUAGAUCCAACGACUCGAGUCGUUGGUGGCGUCAGAGAACGUUGCUUGAAGCUCCUACCUCCUGAAGAACUUCAACAUCCGGAUAUUCCUAUGGAUAAGGACUCCACUUAUCCUAUUAACAAAAUGCAAUACAUAUCAGAAAGGGAUACACCUUAUGUAGAAGGGAACUUUGCCCUAUCUCAACAGCACAUGGAGGCCACAAGAUUUAAUCUAUUUACAGGAAAUCAAACUCUUGAGCAGAGAGAGCAAAGUUUUAAGGCAAAUGAAUCAGCUAUGGUACAUUGUGGUUUCUACAGCAAGAACGGAGGAUUUAAGGUUUCUGAUGAAGACAAAAAUUACAUGGAAGCUUGCAAAGUUGUGGUGUCCACUUGUGCAUUUGGUGGUGGAGAUGAUCUUUAUCAACCUAUCGGGAUGUCGGAGGCAUCACUUCAGAAGGUUUGCUAUGUCGCAUUUUGGGAUGAAAUCACUCUUGCUGCUCAGGAAGCCGAGGGUCGCAAAAUUGGCGAGAACCAUUUUAUCGGGAAGUGGCGCAUUGUAAUAGUUAGGGAUCUCCCUUUCAGAGACCAAAGACUAAAUGGCAAAAUUCCAAAGAUGCUGGGUCAUCGUCUCUUUCCUCAUGCAAGAUAUUCUAUUUGGGUGGACUCAAAGUCCCAAUUUAGGAGAGAUCCUUUGGGUGUGUUAGAAGCCCUUCUUUGGCGUUCAAAUUCGGUACUUGCCAUUUCAGAACAUGGAGCACGCAGUAGUGUCUACGAUGAGGCAAAGGCUGUUGUCAAGAAAAACAAGGCUACCCCAGAAGAAGUGGAGGUACAAUUGACCCAAUACCACCAGGAUGGCCUCCCAGAGGACAAGAGGUUUAAUGGAAAGAAAGCUUUAGCAGAGGCAUCUAUAAUUGUGAGGCAUCAUACACCAUUGACUAAUCUGUUCAUGUGCCUUUGGUUUAAUGAGGUGGUUCGCUUCACAUCCCGUGAUCAACUGAGUUUUCCAUAUGUUCUAUGGCGGUUGAAGGUGUUAAAGAACAUUAAUAUGUUCCCUGUCUGCACUCGCAAAGAUCUUGUUAAUAGCAUGGGCCAUAUACGCAAGGCUAAGCCUCUAACAAACUAAUUCUUGGUGCUUUUUUAUUUUUUUGAAUUAUUUUUCAUAUUUAUUAUUAAUUUCUCAAAUGAUUCUUGUGGUCUUGUUUGGUUUACACUUUCUAUGGUGUUUAUACAUGGAACGUCCUAGAAGCAACAGCAUUCGUGAUUCACUAGGACAAUAUAACGGGUCUACUGGAGGUAAUCUUUGUGAUGACAAUCUGUGUAGCUAACAAUCUUUGUUAUUCUUUUAUAUGUCCCUGCACAAUUUUG